GGUGUGGUCAGAGGUGCUUCAGUGUAGAGGAAACAAAUCUCAGACUCACUUCUGUCCAAAAUCAUCUUCACUCAAACACAACUGCUCCCAUGAUAAUGAUGUGGGACUGGUGUGUGCAGGUAAGUGUUUUUCAAAAAAAUGUUUCCCAUUUUUACUCUUACUAGUUCAUAAUUCGGUAAAUUUUUCUUGUUCUUAUUUUCUCUUACACAGACAGUGUGAGGUUGGCGGAUGGUGGCAGUCGCUGUGCUGGAAGAGCAGAGGUUUUUCACAGAGGACAGUGGGGAACAAUUUGUGGUGCUGGUGCAAAUUUCAUAGCGGGUUUUGUCAUGUGUAAAGAGUUGGGCUGUGGAGAGCCGUUUAGGACUGAUGCAGCUGUUCCAGGAUCUGCACCGAUCUGGAUGAGUCAUGUGAAGUGUACUGGAUCAGAGUCUACACUGAAACUCUGUGGAUCAUUAGGGUGGGGAACACAGCUGUAAUCAUAAUAUGGAUAUUGAGCUUACCUGUUCAGGUAUGUUUUAAUUAGACAAAAACUGUAAUACGUACGUAUUACAUGUAUUACAUUUGUGAACUUUCUGAGAAUGUUUCGACACAUCAUAGACAAAAUCAAAUCAGAGAUCAUAUGAUGGAAUGUCACUGUUUUGUAUACCUAUUCCGUAUUAAAUAUUCUAUUACAUAGUAAAUUCUGACAGUUACAGCUAAUGUGAGAAGCAGUGAUGUUUUUUUUAACAUUUGCUUUGACUUUUAUUUAAUUGCUGAAAAUAUUAACCCAAGAAAUUGUCUAGUCAGUUUCAUUUUGUUUGAUAAAAUUUAAUUUAAUAAAAAAGGGUCUGCAGUACUGAUUUGCUAGAGCACAACAUUUGUUUUCAAAAUUAUAACCUGAAUGAAACAAAAUGCAUUAGUCCUUUCCACUUCCAGACAACUUCUCAAACACUUUAUGUGCCAAAACAAAACCAGUCAACACACUGUAAUUAGAAACAGUGUCAUUUCCAGCUUAACAAUUUAGUGCUGGACGAUAUGACAAAACUUAUGUCACAAUAUAUUAAUUUUAGUCGAUGUGUUAUCGUUUUGAUAUAAAUGUGUACAGCUCAACUGAACAACUUCCUGAUGUGUACAUUAUCACACACUGAGAUUGCCAGACUAUGGUAUUCUAUACCACUCUGCUGUUUCGCUUAAAAAAAAUCAGUCAGUAAAGAUGCUGUAAAUACUGUACAUAUCUUUAAAAAAAUGUUAUAAAUUGAUGCUCCUUUAUUCGUAUGCAAAUUACAAAAAAUAUAAAUGAAGGUCACACAUGCCAGAUAUUCUAGGCUACUCUAAAAUAGUUAACAUUUUUACAUUUAUUAUUACAAUAACAGCUUAAAUGCUUUGCUGUGUAAUAAUAAAAUAUACCAGCCCUGCUUAAAAUGAUUAAAAAUAAUAUGCAAAUAUGGACAGAAUUAAGAUAUCAAAUAUGGACAGAAUUUAGAUAUUUAAUUAUAUUUUGACCAACAAAAAAAGUCAGAAUAAAAAAAAAAAAAAUUAUUGUUUUUCUAUAAAUCUUUUGUUAUGAUUUUCAAAAUGGCGGAUUAGCCACUAUGGCUAUUUGGCGAUGCCAACUGUUUUCCUAGCUAAAUUAAUCUGUAUUAUUAACAUGGAUGAAUUGGAUAGAUUAUGUGGUUUGAUAUGAUCUGUGAACUGGGAUCUAGCGUCGGAGGUCAGAGGGCACAAAGUAGGGUAAUUAAUGAGCAGUAUUUUUGUUAUUUGUGUUCAUUUUUUUUAUUCAUUAAUGAAGAGGUUGUGUGUCGAGAGCUGGGCUGUGGUUCUCCUGUGGAGGUUCUGGGAGCAGCUGCUUUUGGUAAAGGGAAGGGUCAGGUGUGGUCAGAGGAGCUUCAGUGUAGAGGAGAUGAAUCUGAGAUUACUCUCUGUCCAAUAACCUCUUCACACAAAUACAACUGCUCUCAUGGUAAUGAUGUGGGACUUGUAUGUUCUGGUCAUACUCAGGCUCGGCUGAUGAACGGCUCAGACUCUUGUUCUGGUCGAGUGGAGCUCCAGUACCUCAGUGAGUGGGGUAUAGUGUGGGAGGCCCAGACAAUCAAACACAUCCGCCCAGAUCCGGCCACUCCCCUCCCACUGUGCAGACAUAUUUGUCACAUUACCUUUUUCAUCUGAAACAACUACAACUUACACCACAG